GUGGCUCCACUCACAGUCACUCCGUGGCAGAAACGACGUGGCUCGCAGCUAAUCCUACAGGAAUAAAGAAAAUGUAAAUAUUUUUUAAUUUUAUUUUAUUUUUUACCCUAGGCUGUGGGUGGACUGAGCCGUGUGUCCGGACAUGAUGAAGGCUGCUUUUCUGCUUUAGUGCUUUUUAAAAACAAAGCCAGGAUGAGCUCAGCAGUUUUCUCCUGUACAGGUGUACACAAGCCACCGGUGGCCCCUAAACCAAAGCAGCUCCUCAGCCAGGGGAUGGUGUCUUCCUCCUCAUGCUCCAGAACAGAUAACCCCUCACGCUUGGCUCCUGGCAUGGGUCUACCAAUGAAGGUCAAACCACCAGUAGCUCCUAAACCCUGCCUAAAACCCUCUGCUGCUGUGGAACCAAGAUCACAGAGUUCAGAGAGGCUGCGAGAAAACUCUGAUUCAGAGACCGUUCAGACCAACGGGCUUCUUAAUAUACAAAAUGGAACUGAGCAGAGCAAGAAGACUAAGUGGGAUUAUAUUAUUCCUAUUUGCCUGUGUAAGCAGGAGAACUGCACAUGCAGCAGUAGCACAAAGUUUGAGCAGAAGGAGAAAAACUUUAAAACACCCAAUGGAAAGACUGUUCCUUUCUCUCUUGGCAAACAGGAUAACAGUCAAGGGAAACUGGGCAAUGUUUGGUGCCAGGUGACAAAUAAUGCUUCAACAAAUGGUUUUAUUGUUCACCCUAAGUUCCAGGAGAGAUUCACUGUCAGCGUAGACUCUGAGACCACCAGUCCUGAAAAUACCUCUGAGCCAUCGCUUCCUCACAGAACACAGAGUUUUUGUACUGAUGCAGUACUUCAGGGUGUACCUGGAGGACGACGACAGAGUGAUGACUUUGGCUCAAAGCAAACCAAUGUUCUCCAAAAUAAACUGGUCCCAGGACCUAUUGUAAAGGCUCCACCUGUCCCUGUACCACGGAAACCCAAAGCAUCUGUUCAGUCUCAUCAGGAAACUGUGGAGGAGGAGGAGACCCCCGUCCAGGAAAAGAGGGAAAUGAGCAUCGUGUCAUUGAACGGAAAGGGCAGCUCAUCCCCGCCUGUUGAGGUACCCGAUGGUGAAAACAGGCGACCAGUUUAUCUGUCGGCAAGAAAAGCUUGUCCUCCGCCAGCCCCUAUGCCCAGGAAAAAAUCUCUGCCGUCUGACACUAUACAAGAGCCCACCUCUUCUACACAGGAACCAUCUGAGGAUUGGCAGUGUCCGAGGAUGCAAGAUUUAAAUACAAAGCCCUGUGAAAUUCAGGAAUCAACUAACAAAACGAAUGAGGAAAGGCAGAAGAACGUGAGAGGUAACCUGGAGGACAUUUCUCUCCAUCCUUCUGGCACGGUGCUCAGUCAGACAGAACUGACUAUGACUCCUGUUGUGACUCUUGCACCAGAAGAGAGUGAGACAGGUCAAGCAUCUCAAAAGAAGCAUCGUAGACACAGCAUACUGUCUCUGAUACAGCUCAAUGAAUCUGUUCAAGAGAAAGACGGGGAUAAAUCACAAAAUAUUAAGACGAGACAAGUCAGUGCUGUACACAGCGAUAAACUGAAGGAGAUAAUGACAAGGGAGCUGCCUUCACCUCCGGUUGAGCCAACCACUGGAAGCUUCAAGCAUUCUUGCUCCAGCUCGAAGAAGAAAUCAACGUCCUUUUCUUCGACAGACUUCUUGUGUGCCGAUGGACAAAAGGGAACCAUACGGAAAAUCCUGGAUUUGAAGCUCUACAAGAAGAAGAAGACGGUGGAAAAAGGAGAAGCGAAUCCGUACCACAAAGCUAUUGAUGGCAAAGAAAGUACUGACAAGAACCGCGACACGUAUCAACCCUUCUCUGAACAUUCCGGGGCCAAAGGUGUAUUCUCCUCCCCGCUGACGGGGAUCGAACAGAGCGUUGACGGAGAUGAGUAUACUGCCGUACACGAAGAGCCCGUCUAUGACAAUGUUUUCCUCUAUGAGGAGAUCUCAGACUAUGAGAACGUGCUUGUGGGAAAGUUGAAGUCUUCUCCUCCACCGGCUUCCUACACAAAGCCCCGUCCGAGCCCGGUGUACGACCCUGAGAACAUUUAUGAAGAUCAGGAGCCGUAUUUUUCUCUGGUGAAAAACGCACAUCUGAUUCCACCACCCAGAGAGUUCGAUGGUAAUUCAUUUGAUGAGGAGGUGGCCGUCCAAAAUGACACCUUCUCCGGGGACGACACAUCCAACACCUCGGAUGAGGAUGAAGAUGACAGCAGUUCUGUAUCGAGUAAAAAUGACCCUGAGCACCCAGAACAAGGCAUGAUGCAGAGUGAAACAAAGAAAAGCAAUAUCCAAUACAUCGCUACAGAAAUCAUGAGUUCAGAGAGUGUGUUUGUUGAUGUCCUGAAGCUUCUUCAUGUUGAUUUCCGAGAAUCUGUGAACAAGGCUUCUGUUCAGAGUGGAAAGCCGGUGAUUGAGGAUCAUCUUCUCAACCAGAUCUUGUACUACCUGCCACAGCUUUAUGUGCUCAACCAAAACCUGUUCAAAGAGCUGGAGCAGAGAGUGGCUCAAUGGGAUGAGCAUUCCCAGGUUGCUGACAUUUUCCUGAAGAACGGGCCCUUUUUAAAGAUGUACUCCACCUACAUUCGUGAGUUUGACAAGAAUGUGGCUCUGCUGGAAGAUCAGAGCAAGAAGAACGCUGCGUUUGGAGCGGUAGUCAAAGAAUUUGAGGCGAGUCCACGCUGCGCCAACUUGGCUCUGAAACAUUACCUACUGAAGCCGGUUCAGAGAAUUCCUCAGUAUCAGCUGCUCCUCACAGACUACUUAAAGAAUUUGUCUGAAGACUCGAACGACUACAAAGACACCAAAGCUGCCCUUGCUUUAGUUAAAGAGGUGGCUAAUCAUGCCAAUGACAUCAUAAAACACGGGGAUAACUUCCAGAAACUGAUGCAGGUGCAGUGUUCUUUGACUGGCAACCAUGAGAUAGUCCAGCCUGGACGGAUCUUCCUCAAAGAGGGCUUCCUAACGAAGAGGUCCAGGAAGGUCAUGCAGCCCAGGAUGUUCUUCUUGUUUAAUGAUGCGUUGCUUUACGCCAUUCCUGUACAGUCAGGACAGUUCAAGCUUAAGAACAUGUUGUCACUGUCUGGGAUGAGGGUUAGCAAACCAAGUCUAGAGGCUUAUCAGAAUGAGCUGAACAUCGAGAGCGUGGAGCGCUCUUUCAUUCUCUCUGCGAGUUCAUCCACAGAGCGAGACGAGUGGCUUGAAACCAUUUCCACAGCGAUCAUGGAAUACACCAAGAAGAAAAUUAGCUUUAUAGCUGUCAGUCCAAAUGAGGUACAAAUGGUUAACAUCAAUGACGGUGCUCCUCUGGGAUCCAAAGCCCCCAUUUGGAUCCCUGACCUGCGGACCACCAUGUGUAUGAUCUGCACCAGUGAGUUCACCCUGACGUGGAGGAGACAUCAUUGUCGUGCGUGUGGAAAGGUGGUGUGCCAGGUUUGCUCCUCAAAUAAAUGCCGUCUUGCCUAUUUGAAGAACCAGCAGCCUGCUCGAGUGUGUGACCAGUGCUUUGAAACUCUUCUGAGGCAGAGAAGUGCAAUAAACUCAGCAACACCUGUAACCCCUGGAUCCAAAGCUUCCUUUGUAUUUAACAGGAGGCAGAAGAGGAUCCCUGCAGCCCUCAAAGAGGUGUCUGCAAACACAGGGACUUCCUCCAUGAGUGGGUAUCUGACGAGGUCCAAGCUCAAUAAAAAGCAGAGCAAGAGGCUGUGGUUCGUCAUCAAAGACAAAGUCCUGUACACCUACGCUGCCAGUGAGGACGUUGCAGCUUUAGAGAGUCAGCCACUGUUGGGCUUCAUGCUGAAAGCUGAUUCUGUACUGAAGACGCAGUUUAAGCUCUACCAUCAAGACAAGCUUUACUACGUGUUUAAAGCUGACGACGUCCAAACGGCUCAAAGAUGGAUCAACUCAUUUAAAGAAGCUACUGUGUUGUAACAUCUGACGCUGUAUUUAUCAUAACUCAAGCCUGAAAUGUAUUCCUGCACUUCUCUGAACUUUAUAAAACACCAUUUUAAAUUAAUUGAAAUGAAAACCACCGAAUAUCAUUUUUACUUUUUUAUAUUAUUUUUAUUACUGCUUGUAAAGCAGUAAUGCUAUAUUGUGUAUUAAUGGAAAUCCUGUUUUAUGAUUUAUGCACUUUUAUCUCCAGAAUUAAAAUGGUUGAAUAAUCAUAGAUGUUUUAGACUGCUCUGCUUUUGAGUUGACCUCUGUGGCACAGAUUUGAGGGUAAUGGAUGAGUUGGGUGACACUUUUACUGAACAAACUUCUAAUUUUUGAUAACUUUUUUUAAACUGGAGCAGAUGAAGACACUGUGCACGUUAGGGUUGUACAUUAGUUCACCUUGUAUUGUUUGAACUUUUUGUACUGAGUUUGGUUAUAAAUGCGUAAUGGGAGGACACUCACGGUUGGAAAAGUAUCUUCACUGAAGUGUAUUUUGCAUAGAUGUCGUGCACUUAUGUCAGUUUACUUUGAAGAUAGAAACUAUUGUAAAUUACAUUUAAGUUUCCACAGAGUUUAUCAAGUUUUGACUAUAUAUUUUUGUUUCACAGUCAUCGUGUCAUGGGCAGUUUCAACCAUCUAUUAAAGUACUGAAAACUUU